CAUAUUCUAUUCAAUUCUAUUAUAAAUCUCAAAGUGACAAGACAGCAAAUCUGAAACAAUUUGGAGCAGAUAAGUAUUAAGUUGCAGCAUAUUAAAGUAUAAAAAUACAAAAAAGAUAAGAAGAAAAUUUUUAAUAAUUUGUGAAAAUAUCUUUAAACAAUCUAACAACAAAUAAAAAACAAAAUGGGCAAAAAAAACAAAAAAGGUUCGGGAGACGAACCAAAUGAAAAUAAGCCUCCAAACCCAAACCAAAAUAAAGGCAAAGGGUCAGGACCUGGAAAUCAGCAAGGAAAUACUGGCAAUCAAAAUCAGCCUGGCGAAAAGGGAAAAGAAUCUAAUAAGCAGCCACAACAGCAAGGAGGCGGUCAACAACCAGGUAGAGGUGAUCGUAGUGGCGGAGGACCAGCGCCCCAACAGCAACAAGGUGCAUGGGGCGGUGGAGAUAGAGGAAGUCAACAGACUGGCUCCCAACAGCAAGGAGAUGGAGGUAGAGGAGGACACGCAGGCAGAGGCGGAGGUAGAGGUGGAGGUGGAAGUGGAGGUGCCUGGGGCGGUGGAGAUAGAGGAAGUCAACAAACUGGCUUCCAACAGCAAGGAGAUGGAGGUAGGGGAGGAUACGGAGGCAGAGGUGGAGGUAGAGGUGGAGGCGGAGGCGGAGCUUCUCAACAGCAACAAAGUGCCUGGGGCGGUGGAGAUAGAGGAAGUCAACAAACUGGCUUCCAACAGCAAGGAGAUGGAGGUAGGGGAGGAUACGGAGGCAGAGGUGGAGGUAGAGGUGGAGGCGGAGGCGGAGCUUCUCAACAGCAACAAAGUGCCUGGGGCGGUGAAGAUAGAGGAAGUCAACAAACUGGCUUCCAACAGCAAGGAGAUGGAGGUAGGGGAGGACACGGAGGCAGAGGCGGGGGUAGGGGUGGAGGCGGAGGCGGAGCUUAUCAACAGCAACAAAGUGCCUGGGGCGGUGAAGAUAGAGGAAGUCAACAAACUGGCUUCCAACAGCAAGGAGAUGGAGGUAGGGGAGGACACGGAGGCAGAGGCGGGGGUAGGGGUGGAGGCGGAGGCGGAGCUUAUCAACAGCAACAAAGUGCCUGGAGCGGUGGAGAUAGAGGAAGUCAACAGACUGGAGAUAGAGGAGGAUACGGAGGCAGAGGUGGAGGCGGAGGAGAUAGAGGUAGAGGAGGAUACGGAGGCAGAGGUGGAGGCGGAGGAGAUGGAGGUAGAGGAGGAUACGGUGGUAGAGGUGGAAGAGGGGGCUUUAAUCAAGGUGAUCGCGGUGGUGCAGGUGGAUACGGAGACAGAUAUAGUGGGGGUGGAGCCAGCAGACAAAGCAAUGCUGUUGUACGAGUACCUCCGCCUCAAAAGAGUAUCCCAAGGGGAACACUUGGCCAAAAGUUCGAGCUUGAAACAAAUUACCUUAUGCUAGACCUCAAAAACAUGCCUGACGUUGCUUAUCACUACGAUGUUAAAAUUGAUCCAGAUAGGCCGAAGAAAUUUUUACGUGUAGCAUUCAAUGAGUAUGUUAAAAAAAUCUUUCCGGAAUACAGCUUGGCAUAUGAUGGACAAGCUAACGCUUACAGUCCAGUUUUAUUGCCAAGUGAUAAACUAGGAUCUGAAAUAACGGUAGAUGUUCUUGAAAGAGACAGAAAAUUACCAUUUAAAGUCACAUUAAAGGCUACUGAUGACGUCGAAAUUGAUUUAAAAUCACUUAAAUCGUCAAGCUAUCACAUUGAAAGGAUCUUUGAUAAACCAAUGCGUGCUUUGCAAUGCAUAGAAGUCGUCCUUAGUACUCCAUGUCAUGAAAUUGGUGUACGUGCUGGCCGGUCGUUUUUUAAACAACCAAGAAACCAAAUAGACUUGGGAGAUGGAUUUGAGUUAUGGUAUGGGCUUUAUCAAGCAGCCAUGUUAUGCGACCAACCUUUGCUUAAUGUUGACGUAUCUCACAAGUCAUUUCCUACCAAUGUUAAUUUAUUAAAUUUUUAUCAAAAUUUACGCUUCCAAUCACCAAAGGAAUUGACAGAUUUCCUGAAGGGCCUGCGCGUAAAAUACAAACCACCUGCAUGCUUUAAGGGCAUUGAAAAAGAAUUUAAAUUCGUUAAAGUAAUGGAUGCUUCCUCAAGGCAAACAUUUAAAACAGAUGAUGGUAAACAACUUACCGUCCAACAAUACUUCGAAUCUAAAGGCUAUAAAUUAUUAAGACCAGACUUUCCAUGUCUGCAUGUGGGUAGUACUGUUAAAAAUAUUUAUAUUCCAUUAGAACUGCUUGAAGUACCAUCUGGUCAAGCCAUAAUGCGAAAGGACACUGAAAACCAAGUUCGAAACAUGAUUAAACACGCAGCAACGAGCACUGACGUCCGAAAAUCCAAAAUAAUGGAUCUUUUGGAAAGCUUUAAUUUUUACAUGCAUCCAACGGUGGAACGAUUCGGCAUAUCGGUCGAUAAGUCGUUUAUUACUGUAAGCGCCCGCCUACUGUCAUCGCCGACUAUUGAAUAUUGUCAAGGGAAAAUUAUAUCUAUUGACAGUCCGGGCGCAUGGAUGAAUAGAGGUUUAAAGUUUUAUAAAUGCGAUACAAACGCUCAUCAAUGGGCAAUCCUAAAUAUUUCACAAAAUAACGACAUUAAUGAAAUGUUUUUGAGAGAACAUUUUGUCGAAAAGAUUGUUAAAGAAAGCUAUAAAUUGGGAAUGAACCUGUCUCCGUCGUGUCAUAGUAUUAAGGAAGCCGGGAAAGGUCGUGGUCCCAUUAACAUAUUAGACGAUCUGAAGAAAUUGAAACAAAGCAAAGUAAGCCUCGUUUUUGUAAUCCUACCAUAUAAUGCUGAGUCAUACUCUAAAGUUAAACAGCAAGCAGAACUGUCCUGUGGCAUUGUAACUCAGUGUAUCAAAGGCGAUACAAUGCGCUCAUAUAAUAAGAGAUUUAAUUCUGUUAAAAUAAUUGAUGCAAUGACUAUUGGGAAUAUUCUAUUAAAAGUAAAUGCCAAAUUGAAUGGCACUAAUCACAAAAUUUCGCCUACAAACGAAAUAACUUUACAGAAAUCCAAAGUAAUGUUUGUUGGAGCCGAUGUAUCCCAUCCUUCACCAUUGCAAACUAAUUUGCCCAGUAUUGUUGGUGUUGUUGCUUCUCAUGAUCUUUAUGGAACCCAAUACAAUAUGCAGUAUCGAUUACAAACGGCUAAACUUGAAACGAUCGAAGAUAUGCUAAACAUAAUGACCCAGCAUUUGAAUGUUUACAAAAAGUUUACUAAAAGUCUGCCAGAUCAUAUUAUCUAUUAUCGCGAUGGUGUUUCUGACGGACAAUUUCCCUUAAUAAGUAAAAUAGAAGUGAGUGCAAUGCGCACAGCUUGUAAACAGAUGGAAUGUAAUGCCAAAUUCACCGUAAUUAUUGUUGUUAAACGUCAUCACACACGCUUCUUUCCCAAACAGUGCGACGGAGAAGGGAAGUAUAAUAAUGUUAAGGCAGGAACAGUUGUUGAUCAAACAAUUUGCCAUCCAAAUGAGACACAAUUCUUUUUGGUUAGCCAUAAAGCAAUUCAAGGAACCUCCAAACCUACACGAUACAAUGUCAUUAUCGAUGAUGCAAAAAUAAAUAUCGACGAUUUGCAAGCACUGACUUAUAAUUUAUGCCAUUUAUUCCCCCGUUGUAAUCGUUCAGUCUCGUAUCCAGCUCCAGCAUAUUUGGCUCAUUUGGUUGGUCUUCGAGGACGGGCCUAUAUUGAAGGGAGCAAUUUAAAUUUGGAAAACCUAAAAGCAGAAUAUAGCAAGCGAGUUGUGUCAUCAGAUAUUAUGAGCAUGAACCCGAUGUAUUUCGUUUAAUUUAGUACUUAGCAGAUGAAAUCUCUUCGUUAACCAUGUUAUAACUUCUUAUAUUUUUUCAUAUUAACCAUAAUAAAUAUUUACGUAUAGAUAUACUCUACACAUAACACAUUCAAUAUAAAUAAAAUACAAAUUACAACACAGCUUAA